GUAUUUUAAUUUCAUGCCAUAUGAAGCAAAUACACCAUUUUAAAUCUUUGUGUUUAUUUAUUAUGUAUGUAAGAGAAUUCGCUUUCCACUGUACAGAUUUAUCAGCUAUAAUUAAUUUAAAUAGUUGGUGUUAAAUGAAUGAUGGCGUCCCGGAAGCAGAAGAAGGUCUGGCGUUAUGUUGAGGAGGGAAGUCUGCUGAAGCUUAAGUCGUAUUUGCGGAAACACAAAGAUGUGGAGGUGAACUUUACGCGGGGGAAGAGGCGGAGAUCUGUGCUGCAUCUGGUGUGUUCUCACGGAGACGACGCGCUGCUCAGGCUGCUGUUAAAGCACGGAGCUGAUCCACUUCAGAAGGACCGCAGCGGGAACACGCCGUUACACCUGGCCGUCAGGAGAGCGCUGAGUCACGGCCUAACAGACUAUAAUGACCUGGUGGUUCCUUUGCGUAAACACUGUCCUGCUGCGCUGAGCGUACCCAACAACGCCGGAGUCACUCCUCACGACCUGCUUGAGGGACUAAGCUUUAAAAAGAAGUGGAGUGCCGGAGCAGACGCUCCUCAGCCGUCUGAUCCUGAGAAGGAGUGGAGGGAGAAGCUGCUGGGGGAAUGCCAAGACGAGUUUUUCGAAACAUUUGGGCAAUACGAUGAUGAUUUCCUGAGAGAUGAUGAAGAUGAAGGAGACUUCGCGGACUGGGCCGAGCGAAUCAGGAGGGAGUACGUAGCCAAGCAGCAUGCUAGAGCGCAAGCAGACAGUAAGCGGAGUCGAAAAAACAAGGAAAAAAACCAAGAGGAGCAGGAGAGGCAGCGUAGAGAGCUGCAUGCCCGGCUGGAGAAGGAGCACAGGGAGUACCUGGAACGCGCUUCUCGUAAAAAAGACGAGACCCAGCAGGGGAGGAAGAGGCGCUAUGAGGAGCGCUGUGAUGACGUCUUCCUCAAGCCCUCGUCCAGCGGCGUCCUGGGAUACGAAGACAUUCCCUGGCCCGCGCCCCGCGGCUCUGUAGAGGAGAUGAUCGCCGUCAUCCUGCAUGGCGUGGACCGAUCUGACACGGGUGUUUUCCGGAAGUUUCUGCGGCGCCAGCAGGCUCUGUGGCACCCAGAUAAGUUCGCACAGCGCUGCGGAGGCCGACUGCAGGACAGAGACAGACAGAGGAUUAUGGAUACAGUCACGGCUCUUUCUCAGGAGCUGAACAGACUGGCUCAGAGUCUCCGGUGACGCUACAGUCAACUGCUGAGGACAGGAUUCACCCACAGUAGCUCCAUUAUAAUAAUAUUGUUUUAAAGGAGUUUUCAGUGUGAAAUUUAAAUCUGAUUGGCUGCGGGCAGUCAAAGAACUGAUUAAUAAACAAUAAAUACGAGUCAGGUUUCAGUAGUUUGGAGUGCGUAGAGUGUGUGUAGUUGUCUUGUCCAAAAAGUGAAAUCAGAAAACAGUCUAGAAGUUAAUCAUUUUGUAUCAUUAACUACAUAAUUAUUGGCACGUAUUAACUAUCACUUAUGACAUUUAUAAGUAAAUCAUUAGAGGUUGCAAACAAAUAUGAUGACGCUUAUGUCUGAGAUGAAAACAGUGAAUCACUGAGAGUUAUGUUUACAGGACUGACACGACAAAUACAAGUAAUUUUGAACCUCAUUAUAAAAUGCAUCUUUUCUCCACUCAAUAAUAAUACAAUGUAACAAAAUUUUGACUUUUUCUUGCCUUUGGUCUGGAAGUGUUAUUUCCUAAUUGUAUCGUCAAAGAAAAGUAAAAAAAAACUGUUCGUGCUGCUUAAACAUCGCUUUUGUGACCUCAACAGCAAUUUUAUUUUAUAUAAAUAAUAUUUAAUAUUUAUUUUUUUACUCUUUCUCACUCAUCGUCUAUACCGCUUUAUCCUGUAUUCAGGGUCAGCCUCCCCUUAUUGCUGUUUGUGUAACCUGCUGUAAGAAUAAUUUCCCUCAUGGGAUCAAUAAAGUCUAUCUAUCUAUCAA